UUGCAGAUCACAAAAUGGGGAAAUCGAAAACGGAUUUGCAUUCAAAUGCUGACGUGAAGAUGGAAGUGGAUGAAGAUGUGAAACCAUCAAUAAAUGGUUUAGGUGACAAAGGCAUACUGGAAACACCGAUGUCAGCUAAGGUUGGCCAGGAUGAAUAUGACGAACUUUGUACCAUGGUUAAUGCUAUCGCCCAUCCACUUGCUCCAAGAAAAGUAGCAAAGAAAAUUUACAAAUUAAUAAAAAAGGCUUCUAAAGAUAAGCAAUAUUUGAGACAAGGAAUGUGCGACGUACAAAAAGCUUUGAGAAAGAAUGAAACUGGUAUCGUUGUGCUUGCAGGUAACGUAUCACCAGUAGAUGUUUAUUCACAUAUCCCAGGCAUAUGUGAGGAAAAGGAUAUCCCAUAUAUAUUUACACCAUCGCGCGAACAUCUCGGAUUGGCUACUGGACAUAAAAGGGCAGCUAUACUACUUCUCAUAAAAGAACAUGCAGAUUAUGCGGAUUUGUUUCAUGAAGUAUCUGAAUUGAUCAAGAGGAUCGCACCCGAUGCUUGAUGCAGAAAUUAUAAUUAACUUUGCUGGAAUUGUUGCCUCUUAUUUUUGCGACAUAUUGCAUAAAGAUCUCUACGUUUUGUCAUGUAUUUUUCUUUCAAUCGUUUUAUUUAAAAUGGUCAUUAUUACGGAGAGUAGUUUUUGGUAACUUCUAUAUUUUAUUCUUUACCCACGAAGUAUGGAAUAUCCGUUACUCUAGCCGCAGUUUAAAUCGGAAAUAGCAGUUA